UGCGGGGAGUGUCUAGAUUUGGAGCGGGGUGUCCCAGUCUGGACUAGUCCCAUGGGGAGAGGGGUGAUUUUGAGGUAGGGGCUUGAAGCGAGACAGCCAGAGUCAUUUACUACCUUAACAAGGCCCUUUUCUGAGGUCCCUCUCCCAAGUAGCCCUAGAGUGACACCUCCGCUCCAGGGCUGGCUUCUGUUUCACCAACUCUUUCAGUGACAGCUGGAGGGUCCAGGAGAUGAAGUUUCCCUAUUCCCCACCCUGGUCUCCCAACCUCUCCCCGGAGAAUCGAAUGGCUCCUGUAUUUCCCCAGGCGAAGACACUGAGGUGCCUGAGUGGCGAGGCUGCUGUUGGCCUGGGACUGGCUCUGAGAGACCAGCCAGGGUCUGUGGCCUGAUUCCCAAGGGAAGCUACUCCUGGUUACCAUGAGAGAGACUUUGGAGGCCCUGAGCUCCCUGGGAUUCUCUGUAGGACAGCCAGAGAUGGCCCCACAAAGUGAGCCCAGAGAUGGAUCCCACAAUGCCCAUGGGAAGAUGUCCCCCUCCAGGGAAGAGAGUGCACUGGGCAGAUGCUCAGGUCAUGGGGCCCCUGGCCCAGAGGAAGGUGCUAGGACUGAACAAGCUGAGGCUCCCUGCAGAAGUGGCCAGGCCUGUGCCCCACAGAAGGCUGAGCCUGUGAGCUCUUGCCCUGGAGAUGAGUGGAUGAUUCGAAAGGUGAAGGUGGAGGAUGAGGAUCAGGAGGCAGAGGAGGUCGAAUGGCCCCAGCACCUACCGUUACUUCCCAGCCCUUUCCCGGCCUCUGACCUGGGGCAUCUGGCUGCUGGGUACAAACUAGAGCCCGGGGCCCCUGGGACCCUAGGUGGGCUCCCACUGGCCGGGUGGGCCCCGAUCGCGGAGAAACCCUACGGCUGCGGAGACUGCGAGCGGCGCUUCCGGGACCAACUGACGCUAAGGCUUCACCAGAGGCUGCACCGCGGCGAGGGCCCCUGCGCCUGCCCAGAUUGUGGCCGCAGCUUCACGCAGCGCACGCACAUGCUGCUGCACCAGCGCAGCCACCGCGGCGAGCGACCUUUCCCGUGCUCGGAGUGCGACAAGCGCUUCAGCAAGAAGGCCCACCUGACCCGCCACUUGCGCACGCACACGGGCGAGAGGCCCUAUCCGUGCGCCGAGUGCGGCAAGCGCUUCAGCCAGAAGAUACACCUGGGCUCACACCAGAAGACGCACACCGGCGAGCGGCCCUUUCCCUGCACCGAGUGCGAGAAGCGUUUUCGCAAGAAGACGCACUUGAUCCGGCACCAGCGCAUCCACACGGGCGAGAGGCCCUACCAGUGUGCUCAGUGCGCACGCAGCUUCACGCACAAGCAGCACUUGGUGCGGCACCAAAGGGUACACGAGGCUGCCGGCCGGGCCCAGACUUCUCCCGACCCGUCUGCUUCGUCCCACUUCCCCAACGCCUCCCCUGCCCCAUCCCCUCCAGGACCCAAGCCUUUUGCCUGCCCCGAAUGUGGACUGAGCUUUGGCUGGAAAAAGAACCUCGCCACGCACCAGCGUCUGCACCGCAGCGAUGGUCGUCCUUUUGGGUGCGACGAGUGCGCACUGGGCGCCAAUGUGGACCCCGAGCCCUUGGCUUGCGCGCCCAGUGGACCAGGCUGCGGCCCAGGAUCGGGCCUGGCGGAGCCCCAGCGCACCGUCUCCAGCGAGCGGUCCUUCUUCUGCCCAGACUGCGGGCGCGGCUUCGCUCACGGGCAGCACUUGGUGCGGCACCGGCGCGUGCACACGGGUGAACGGCCCUUUGCUUGCUCACAGUGUGGCCGCCGCUUCGGCUCGCGACCUAAUCUGGUCGCCCACUCCAGGGCCCACAGCGGUGCCAGGCCCUUUGCGUGUGCGCAGUGCGGCCGCCGCUUCAGCCGCAAGUCGCACCUGGGCCGCCACCAGGCAGUGCACACAGGCAGUCGCCCCCAUGCCUGCGCUGUCUGCGCCCGCAGCUUCAGCUCCAAAACCAAUCUGGUCCGCCACCAGGCGAUCCAUACCGGCUCCCGCCCCUUCUCCUGCCCUCAGUGCGGCAAGAGCUUCAGCCGAAAAACCCACCUGGUGAGGCACCAGCGCAUCCACGGGGAAGCCGCCCACCCGGCCUCAGAUGCGGACCUCUCAGCCCCAGCCUGGCCCAACCCUACCGAGGCGGCACCGCCCCCACUCUUCUUCUAACCUUGGUUCUUGGCAGGAUUCUUCCUUUGCUUACAGAUUCUAAAGACCCAUGCUGAGACCUCCUGGACUGUUAAUGCGUAGGCUGCUGCCAGAAAGGCCUAGCCACCUGGGGCUACCUUCCUUCCCUCAGUGUCUGGGGAGAAGUCCAAAAAGCAUACCCAGCUCUGUCGUUCAUGACAAAGAUCCAGCUAAGAGAACCCUUGCAGAUAUUUCCUGGGUCAUCCUAGCCAUGGACAGACUGGGUGGGAAAUUUCUACCCAGAGGGAAAGAAUGGCUAUCUAUGUACUUAAAGCAUCAUUAAAGUUCAAAUCCAAAAUUCUGGGGUUAACUGAGCUGGGGGAGGAAAACCUAACUCUUCAACCUGCAGCCCCAGGAAGAGCCCCCAUCCCUUUCUGCCCUGGGCAAGUUAUCAGCUGCUGUUAAUUGGCUCUUCCUAAUCAAAAUGUAAAUGUGCUUAAUUGACAAACCACCACCCUGGUUCCUGCUUCUAGCCCAGAAAUUUGUCAAGAGAGACAUGAAUGUACAGUGUCCGGUGCCAGGUGUUGAAGACUAGAGCUGAAGGGAAGGCAGAGAGGGGCCUGCUGCCCUUUGAUCGUUCCCGUGGAGACAGCACACUUCCCUGGGCUCUGGAGCUCUGUGCUUUUGCCUGUUUGCAGGUCUCCCGAGGGGCAUCGAACAGUAACCUCACCUGCUGCCUCCUUGGCAGGGAGGAGGAGGAAGCACCUUCACGGAUAGAGGCUGCUUUUAUAUCACACCUUCCACUAGGCACUCUCCUGAUGAGAGCUGAUUGAUCUAGAAGGCUCUGCAGCUGCACUGUGCCCAGCCUGGACAGAUGUGAGAGCCGGGAUGACUGGCAGCAAGAGGAGGAACAGGUUAAUGGGGCCAUGCUGAACUUAGAGGGAGCAGUCUUGGGUUUGCUCUUCCUUUGUUCAAGUGGGACUUGGGUCUAGGGCAUUUAUUGCCCUAGACGGGCACUUUCUCAUUAAAAUGAGAGGUGAUGUUGACAAAGGCUGAGCCCUUUCCAGUUCUACAUCUCUAGCACCAAAAAUAAUCUAAACAGCUAUUUAUUGGGGACUUACUGUUUGCUUAGCACUGUGCUAGGCACUGGGAACAAUAGAUGAGCAAGGACACAGCCUCACAGCAGCUUAAGACCAACAUGAGAUGUGUGGUCACUGGAGUGUGGAGUAAGGACAUCCAAAAGUUUAGUGGCCAAGGAAGAUUGGCAGGAUGAGGUCAUUUCUGCAGAAAGAGUGCAGGAAGCAUGAGUAGGACAUGGGCAGGAGCAGCAUGAUGGGGAGAAAGGUCGUGAUCAGAGAUGUCAUGCUGAGCACCCAGUGCAGGGAUGAGAAGACAAUCCUGGGAGCUGGAAAGGCUAUUUAGCACAUAUACAGGCGUUGAGACCAUCCAGGAGAGAGGAGGACAAGGGCAGAGUUCAGGCAGAGCAGGAACAUAGCCACAUUUUAGAAAGAUGUCUGACUGGAGGGGGCCAGACGGGAGACCUGCGCAUCAGUCAUCCACGUGGUGGUGACCUUGGACUGUGGUCACAUCAGAGGAGAUGGAGAAGUAAGUGACAGAUUCAAGAGACACUUACUAGACAGAUGGCACAGGACUUGUUGAGAUGGAGUGGGGAAUUGGUGAGGUCAUCCUGAUUUCUGCUUGAGUAAUCUACUAGAGGAUAGUGACCUUUCCCCAGAAAUGGUUACACAAAGGGAGAGGAGCAGUUUUGUGCUGGGGAAGCAGUCUCGCACCUGCCAAGUUGGUGUGACCCUUAAGAAGUGUCUGGGUAGAUACAGAACACAGGACAAAGCUGGGCUGGAGGCAGGGCGGUCUGAGAUAACCUCCCCAAAGAACUGAGUGUGGAGUGAGAGCAGGCCUUGCUCAGAACCCUUUGGAAUACCAACGUUAGAGGAUGGCAUUGAGAGAAGCCUGUGAAGAAGAUUGGGACAGUGGGAGA